GAUAGACGGGUAGCUCAGACCUCAGGUUAAUUUUUUAAUUACAUAAAGUCAAUUUGACGCCAAAAACAGGUCCCAAGGUCCCUUUGCUCUGUCGUGUAACUCCCACCAUGUUCCAGUAUAUAAAUUAAGUGCUCUCUUCUCUUGUCGCGACAGGGUGCUGAGAAAAGGGUGAUCAUCAGGAUUUGCUCCUGCUGUUUUUAAGUUCUUCAUCCUUCUUGGACUCUGAGAAAGAGCCGCAGGCAUGGCUGUAGGAGGUUUCGCCGUUGACGGUCCUGUCAGCGGCGCCGUCAAUGGCAAGAUCACGGCUUCAGUGGUGAUUACCUGCAUCGUCGCUGCAACAAGCGGCCUCAUAUUUGGGUAUGACAUCGGAAUUUCAGGAGGUGUGACAACCAUGGCACCAUUUCUUCAGAAAUUUUUCCCCGCAGUAUAUAGAAAGGCAGGGGAGGCUGAAAGAAACAUGUACUGCAUGUAUGAUAGCCAAGUUUUAACGGCAUUUACUUCUUCACUAUAUUUGGCCGGUUUGGCUGCAUCACUGGUUGCUAGCCGUCUCACUGCCGCAAUUGGUCGCAGAAACACCAUGGUGAUAGGUGGCCUCACCUUCUUGGCUGGUGCUGCCAUCAAUGGUGGCGCUGCUAAUGUUGCCAUGCUUAUCUUAGGCCGUAUCUUGCUUGGAUUUGGAGUUGGUUUCACCAAUCAGGCAACUCCUGUAUACCUCUCUGAAGUGGCACCACCAAAAUGGCGAGGUGCCUUCAACACAGGCUUCCAAUUCUUCAUAGGCAUUGGGGUGGUCGUAGCCAAUUGCUUAAACUUCGUAACCGCUAAACGCAGCUGGGGCUGGCGCCUGUCUCUUGGCCUCGCCGUAGUACCCGCUGCCAUCAUGACAAUAGGCGCACUCCUCAUUUCGGACACACCCAGCAGCCUGAUAGAACGAGGCAAAUUGGAGCAAGCCCGACAGUCUCUUUGCAAAGUCCGAGGGAAACACUCUGAUGUGGAAGCUGAGUUUGCUGAGCUUAAAAAGGCCAGUGAUGUGGCCAAAGAAGCCAACCGAGAACCCUUCAGGACAAUAUUUGAGAGGCAAUACAGGCCUCACCUGGUCAUGGCAAUUGCCAUACCAUUUUUUCAACAGGUUACUGGGAUUAACAUCAUUGCAUUCUACGCACCGGUUCUAUUCCAAUCAGUUGGUUUGGGAAGUGAUUCAGCUUUGAUAGCAGCUAUCAUACUGGGGUUGGUUAACCUUGCCUCGAUCCUUGUGUCUACCGGUGUAGUUGAUCGGUCUGGUCGGCGGUUUUUGUUCAUGGAAGGGGGAAUUCAAAUGUUUGUCUGUCAGGUUGGGGUGGCAGUCCUGCUAGCGGUUACAACAGGAGUUUCAGGCGACAAGCAAAUCAGCAAGGACUAUGCCAUACUGGUACUGGUUCUAAUGUGCAUAUACGCAGCUGGAUUUGGUUGGUCUUGGGGGCCUCUCAGCUGGCUCAUCCCAAGUGAAAUCUUCCCCAUCAAAAUUCGGCCCACGGGCCAAAGCAUCAGCGUUGCUGUCAACUUUGCAACCACCUUUGUGCUGUCUCAAACCUUCUUGACCAUGCUUUGCCACUUCAAAUUUGGCACUUUCUUGUUCUACGCUGGUUGGAUCGCCUUGAUGACCAUUUUCGUUGCUCUCUUCCUCCCCGAAACAAAAGGAAUUCCUCUCGACUCCAUGAAUUUAGUUUGGGAGAAGCACUGGUAUUGGCGUCGGUUUGUUCGUGGUUAAAAGCUAGCAAUUAGUUGAGGCAAUUAAUGUUGGAAAUGACAGCGUCUCUUUUCCUUUCUUUGUCCAUUGUUUCUUCCUUUUCAUUUUUCUAUUUCUUCCUCAGGAUCCGGGCCAUUUGAUUGCCACAUUGAAUUGGUGUGAAUAUUUCUCAUAAUGGUGCCGUAGCUGGUUCUCUAGAUAGAGUAAGGGAGCAUUAUAUUAACAUCAAUCAUUCUCAUUCUCAUUA